GCCGAGGCCAAGUCAUGGACGACGAUUUCGGAGGUGAUCUGGUUCGCUCGCGUCGCAGAGCCCGUCUUCAACGCUGUGGCGGCGCACUUGGGGCAGCUCCAGGAUCACAUCCCUCUGCUGUCCAUCAUUCCCCAGGUUCCCCCGGCGCCUGUUGUCUCCUUCCUGGAUGCCCGCGUCCCUGCCGGGUCUGCGACCAAGGGAAAAGUCGUCAAGUUGGCGCUGGUGUUCGACCAGGGCGACGACGGCGAAGUCAAGGUCGCUGAAAACGACCUGUAUGAGAGGUGGUUCAGCAACUACCAGAUGCAAAUGCUGGCUGUGCCGCCGGAGGACGCGGAGCCGUCCAUCGAGCAGCUCACGGCGUUGCAGCGCAGGGUCAAGGAUCGCGGCUGCUCCCCGUAUGCGGACUUCGCCGCGUGGCGGCCUCUCCCUCGGAAGGGCGCGCGGGCGGACAAAUUCCGCGCGUGGUUCCCUACGGGGGACGGCUCCUACACGGACAAGGAGCUCCCGGGGCCAGAGAACCUUCAGCAGUGGGAGGCAUCGCGGAGAGUGUUCGCGGCAGCGUGCCUCAUGAUCAUGGCUGUGGCCCGCCCAGCGCUCGAGCUGCACGCGGAGAAGAUCCGCCAGCUCGUGCAGCUCUGGGCAGAGUGUUGGCAUUUGACCGUCACGGCAGACGACCAGAUGCGCGCCGAACACCUGCGCCGUGUCAGGCGCAAGUACGAAGCCGAGCUCCAAGCGGGCCAGACACCGGCGCCGGACUGGGACAGCGAAAGGCCGCGGUCCACGAUCUACCGCCUCGCUGCCGCGGACGAGGCCUUCUGGGACUCCCGCGUGCGGCACCGCGCUGCUGCGUGGGUGUCCCGCGGCGGCCGCGGCGUCCUCCGCGCGACCGAGGAGGAGGCCGCGGUGGCCCACCUGCCGGGCGGCCUCGCGGCUGUGGCGCCACCGACAGAGCAGCCCUCAAACCCGACCAAACGUCGCAAGACCAAGGCGGAGAAGAAGGCCGCCCGCAGCGGGCAGCCCCAGCAGCAGCCGUCGGGAAACGGUGGCCCCCCGCCGGCGGCGCCCCGCGCCUCGGCGGGGGGGCCGCGCACAACCGAGAUCCAGAUCUGCAAGACCUGGAACCAGGGCAACCCCAAGAACGAGUGUGGCAAGCUGGGGGCCCCCUCCACUUGCCCGCAGGGCCGGGUGCACAAGUGCAGCACGUGCGGGGACCCCUCGCACAAGGCCCCCAGCAGCGCCCUCAUCCGCGUGGGCCAUUGGGGCGACGCCCUGGUCCGGCAGCUGCCCGGCCACGCCGGCGCCCCAGCCGGGCACCCAGCUGCCCCUCCGCAUCUCGCAGAGCUCGCGCACCCAGCGCCGGCCGCCGCGGCCCCCGCCUCGCAGCGAGCCCGCCGCGAGCUCGAGAACGCAUUGUGCGUCGGCGGCCUGCGCUGCACUGCUGCCGCGGUGGCCCGGUUGCCGCGCCUUUGCGCGCUGGGCAAGGAAGUGGCUGCUCUCUACGAUCGAUGGAUCUCGGAGCGGCCGGGCGCCUUCGCCGUUGUCCAGCGCUUCGGCGACAGGACGUACGCUGGCCCAGAGCGCGAGCUCGUCGAAGAGUGGCGCGCUCGGCUGCGGGGGCACCUCGGCGCCCGCGCGGAGGCGCCGGCGGGACCCGAGCUCCUGCACUCGCGGUUGCAAGCAGUCGGCGACCUGGAGACUUGCCUGCGUGACUGGUGCCAGACAGGCGCGCCGCUUCGCGUGGAGGUGCCCAUUCCCAUUUGCGGCAUCUUCCCGGUCUUGCCGCAGUCAGACAUCGAGCACCACGACGGUGGCUUGGACAUGGCCUUGGCGCAAGGCGUGUUCAACUAUCAGUCAAUGGCCGACGACCCAGAGGCUGCUGCUUCCGAAGUGCACCGCUACUUCGCCAAUGAUGUCGCAGUCUCAAUCACGGAGUCCACGGCCUUGCAGAGGUUCCCCGGUGUAUCGGUCUCCAAGAUUGCGCUGCUGACCAGGGUCAAGCCAGACGCGACAGUCAAGCGGCGCACCAUUGUUGAUUUGAAACGGAGCAAGCCCGUUCCUGUCAACAGCCGUGCCCGGGUGCCGGAGCGGCCUGUGCUCCCGCGAAUCUGCGACGUCAUCCAGGAUGCCCGGGCUCUCGCUUGCGGCGCGGCGCCGCCCACGCACGGCGACGAGAGCUGCGACAUGGAGUUCGCGAUCGCAGACUUCUCUGACGCGCGCAUGCACCUGCGGACUCACCCGGAUGAGCUACGCCACUGCCUGUCGCCAGACGUGGUGCCCGGGCUCGUGCAGUCCUGCGUGAACCAGAGCCACGCCCGCAUGCAGCUGUACCUGGACGACCCUAUCUGGACGCUCUCGGGCACGCGCGCGCAGCGCGACCGGCAGCUCGGUCUCGCGCUGUGGAUCCUCAUCGGCCUCGGUGUCCGUAUCGCGUGGCACAAGGCCGCCCGCGGGCCCGCGGUUGCGUGGAUCGGCGCGACAAUCGCUGCCGAUGUUGCGUCCCGCGAGAUGACCGUCGCUAUCCCCGCCAGCACGAUUGAAGAGCUGCUGGCGCUGCUCGUCCGGCUGGGCAACGGCGCCACGAUAAGCCUCAAGGUGUUCAAGCAAUGCAUUGGGGAACAUUCCUGGGUCGCCGGGCUGCUGCCGCGCAUUCGCUGCGCCGUUGCCAUCCUGUACGCGGUCGCUGCGUCGGCAGAGAGGGAUUUCCGCUCGGGCGCGGAGGGCCGCAGGCGGCAGCAGAGGGGCGACCCGCGCCCGAUGUGCGGCAUGGUCGCGGCCAAACGCGUUGCAUUUCCCGCGCGGUGGCUCACGGCCCUGUGGCGAGGCAUGGAGGGGCCUGUGACCAGGCGAAUCGCGUGGGGCAGCAGCCCGCCAGCUACAGUCAUCAUCGUCGACGCUUCCCCGCGGGGCCUCGGGUUGACAUUGGCCCACGCAGCCACUGGCAGGGUCGUGGAAUAUGCCUUCGGCGACGUGCUCGACGACGACAUCUCGCUGCUCCUCAUCCGGCGGGGGUGCUCCAGCGCCCAGCAGGCCUUGGAAGCGUUGGCGCUUCUGGUGGCGCUGAAACUGUGGGGCCGCUUUCUGCGCGCAUCCUCGGCUACAGUUGACAUGCGGGGGGGCAAUUCCGCGGCCCUUGCCCCGGCACGGAAAUUGUCCAGUUCUUCGCCAGUCAUGAACUUCGUCGGGGCCGAGUUGGCGCUGGAGCUGGAGUCCCUGGACAUCCGCGACUUGUGUCUAACGCACAUCCCAGGCGACUGGAAUCGCACGGCCGACUGGCUGUCGCGGAUGUCGGCCCCGGGGCGCCUGCCCGAAACGCCCGCAGCGCUGGCUGGCGCCAA